UCACCUUCCGCAGGUCCCGGUCCGAACGGAGAGAAAACAGACAAACUGAAGCCCGGCGGACUCAGUCGGCAGUGAGGAGGAGAGUCAGCCCGCAGGGUCGUUGAAAAUGUCGGCGAGGAUGAACGUUACAGACCGCGGCUCGACUGCUGAACGAAGGUGUUGUUGAUCUGCAGCCGGAGAGCGGAAGUUGUUAACCUGAGCAGGCGAAGUGGUCCAGGCGCUGCUCAUUUAUUGUCCCGAGCAGCGUGCAGUGAAGACCUCCGAGGAGUUUGUGUCCACAAUUCAAAAGACACUUCGUCAGACAGCAGGUGUCAUGAGCAGCGAGCUGAACGUGCCCAUGGGCUCCCCGGCUCCGGGGGUCUCAGAGCGGGCUCCGGACGGCGGGGGGAUGGACUACAGGGACUGGGUGCGACGCAGUUACCUGGAGCUGGUCAGCUCCAACCACCACUCGGUGCAGGCCCUGUCCUGGAGGAAGCUCUACCUGAGCCGAGCCAAGCUGAAGGCCUCCAGCAGGACCUCCGCGCUGCUCUCUGGCUUCGCUAUGGUGGCCAUGGUGGAGGUGGAGCUGGAGAUGCAGUACAGUUACCCUCGCGUGCUCCUCAUUGCCUUCAGUGUGUGCACCACCGUGCUGGUGGCGGUGCACCUCUUCGCUCUGCUGAUCAGCACCUGCAUCCUGCCCAACGUGGAGGCCGUCAGCAACAUCCACAACCUCAACUCCGUCAGCGAGUCGCCCCACGAGCGAAUGCACCACUACAUCGAGCUGGCCUGGGGCUUCUCCACCGCCCUGGGCAUCCUGCUGUUUCUAGCAGAGGUGGUGCUCCUCUGCUGGAUCAAGUUUCUUCCCGUAGACUCCAAAAAGGCGACCACCUGCAGCCCCACGGCGGCCACCGCGGCGGAGAAGCCUACGACACCUGCCCCGCAGGACAGCGGCUGGCAGGCUGCGCUGGCCUCCACCAUCAUCAUGGUCCCGGUGGGGGUGAUUUUUUUGGUGUUCACCAUUCACUUCUAUCGCUCUCUGGUGCGCCACAAGACAGAGCGCCACCACCAGGAGAUCGAGGAACUGCACAAGAUUAAGGUGCAACUAGACGGCCACGAGAGAGGCCUCCAGACUGUGUGAACUCACGACGGCAGCUUUAAGAACUUCCCAUUGUUUCCCAUAUUUUUCGCGGCCCCCCCCCCCCCCCCCCCCCUGACGUUUGUCCUGCUCGUUGUUAACGCCUCGCUUGGACUCGCGGCGGCGAGUCUGACAGCUCCUCACCGACGCGUUGCAGUGAGCCUGUCUGUGUUUUACGUCUGUAAUGAGUGUCGGUUAAAGAUCAUGUAAAAAGGUUUACAGAAAAAGGGCUAUUAUGGUCUGUGUGCCAUUCCUGGGUUUUCAUGUAGGGGUCGGGUGCCAAUAGCUGGUUCCAUUUUGGAUCUGGUUUCACGUGGGUUACAUACCCGCUUUCGCUCAGAGGCUAACAAAUCUCUUAUUGAAUCUUUUAUCUCCUGCCACUCUGUGCAAAGAGCUGAACGAUGUCAGGACAUUUCAGGGUGUUUCUGUGAUGAUCAGUCUCGACAGGAUGACAAAAUACUGUAUUACUGAACCGGAUGCUUCUGCUCCAGGUGGUCAAAGAAGUUUAUUGUGUUGCCUCGUCAUCUUCUUGUUUGUUGCACAUCAGGCCUUUUGAAUCCAGACGGCUUCACAGGCUGCAGCUGCUCCUCUCUUUGGAACGAGCUCCUCCACCGUGGAGCCGGCAGCGAAGUUACUUUCACCUUCGCCGUGUUUGUUGUUACAGCGCGCGACAGUGUGACGCCAUCACGUCAACGAGUUGGAAUGUUGCCGUUAUCACAAGAAGAACCGUUUAAAAUCAUAUCGCAGAUAAUUUUGUGAAACAUAAAAACAAUGUGUGUGAGAGUUUGACACCGUCAGCUGGUAUUCGAGCAAUAUUUCAUAUCUUACGUGCGGCUUGCGUCUUGCGUCUGGCUCACUUAGCUUGUGAAGAGCGGACAGGUCUGAUAGUUUGAGUCUUAGUUGUUUAUAUGUGGAGCAUUAAAUGAAUUCAAUAAGAGAUUUGAAAUGUUUGGAUUUACUAAUUCAACCCUUGAGUGCAGGCCUCAGUGUUCACACUCAUUCAGCCUCAUAUUUCACACAAACUAAGCUCAUAGUUUUAAAGGAUAACUUUCGUUUUUUACAACCUGGACCUUAUUUCUAGCAUUAAAUACGACCAUUUACUCACCCAGACAACUUUGGUGGCAUUUGGAGU